AGAACGAGGCGAUGCAUCCCACUUCAAUCAUUUACAGACAUUAUAUCUCGAUUGUAGACGGUUAUAUCAACGAAAAAUUACCUUAGUUUGUUACGAAUUAUGAUUUCAAGAGGUUUAGGUUCAUUUUCCUCUUUACUCCGAGGAGUGGCAUCUCGAGUUGCUGCAGCCCCAGCGCGAAGUCAUUACGCGACGAAUGCGAGGCCACGAACGUUUGGUCGUGUUUCUUGUCAUGUGGAAAAGCGAAUGAGCAGUUCGUCAUCAGAGAGUGGCAUACCCAUGAUGCAUCAUGUAUCAGCUUUUGACAGAUUGACUUUGAUUGCCACAAGAACCAUGAAACCACCAAUACCAGCUGAAGUAACUGCAGCCACCAUGGAAAGAGCAAAUAGUAGACGACGCAUUGGAGUGAAUGGAAUCAUGAUUAUUCUGACUCUUACAGCAUGUAUUUACAUCAUAAAAAGUUCUCAGAAGGGUAGAGAGGAGCAAACAUUGGUAUCAUUACAUGAAGUGAACGUGCAAAGAUAUGAGAAGCUCAGACAAGAAGAUGCAGAGGGAGCUGCUGCAAAGGCUAACAAUGGAAAAUAGAGGGAGUGUAACUUAGUGCUUUUCUUUCCUAAAACUCAAACCUGACUAAGUUUUAAUACAGUUUUGUCUGUCAUUAGUGUUGGUGUGCAUAAUAUGUCGCCUCCUGUUUCAGUGGAUUGCAUGAUCUGUAGUGAAAAUUUAUUAAUGAUUUUGCAAUGUAGAGAUUUAAGUGCAUAUAAUUUUUUUCAAAUUGUUAUGCUAAUUAACAACUAUUCACUGAAGUGGAGGUGGCAAUUUACCAAGCUGUGAAGCGGUGAGGUAAAUAUUCACUUCUACCCAUCAGCACUGAGGUGAAUAGUUGAUUUAGUAUAUACUAAAUCAGUGAGCUAAUGUUGUACAAAAAGAUGAUUUUAACUCAUUUAUUCUUGCAAUGGUUACAAUAUUUUUGGGUGAAAAUCCUGUGCACACUGCUUGGAGGUGAAUAGCAAAGGAUAUUUAUAGUUUGAGUUACAAAUCAGAGCCCACCUUCAGGGCUAUCCACUGUUUUAGUAUAUUCCAAAGAAGCCUAUCAGGUGAAGUGAUUGCUACUCACGUUUUUUUCCUUGAAAAGGCGAUGGAGGUAAAGUUGAUAAAUGCAGCCAUUGGGGUGAAAUCACUUUAAUAGACUUGUUUCAUGCAGAAUAACUUAUGGGUCUUUUCAGCAAAGCUCAAGAAUACAAACUGCAAUUAAAUACUAUCUUAAUAAUACUUAUUAUGAUCCAUGAAAUAUUUUUGAUUGCUCUAAAUGAAGCACGUGACCGAAUAUCCCCCCCCCCCCGCUAAAACUGGGUAAUAUCACCCAAGCGAUAUUCCCUAGUUUUCAAACCUUACGUCCACUUCGAUAAGUCUUUAUAUUAAACGUGAAGAUGAGAGAGGGUUUUUCGGUUCUUACAGAAUAAGGGAAAUCCUUUUUUGUUCAUUAAGUCGUACCAGAGAAUCUUCUAAAGAAAACUUCCCACGAUGCAUACCAUAAGCCGUUCGUAAAGAUUUUUUCAUGCGCGUUGCGAAAUAUUUGAAGGAUAAUAAAAUAAAAUAGCCUCUAGUUUUCGCGAAAAUAUUAACAGAUAUUUGUCCUUGGACAUUAUCUGCUCCUCGAAGCUCACAGUUUUCCUCGAGAUUUACUCUCGUAAAGUUGUUCGCAUCUUGGAACAGACAAUGUCCGCGGACAAAUAUCCGUACAUAUUUUUAGCGCCAAAUAGAGGCUACUAUUUGAAUAACAA